AUGGCGGCGGCGCACUGCUUCCGGCCUCUCCAUCCGCCGCCUCCCGGCGGUGGCGCGACGGCUUUUGCUUCUUCUUCUUCAUCUUCUUCUCUUCUUCUCCGUUGGGCGAGCGGUGAGCGGCUCUCUCCACUGAUACCCACGGCUUCGCCCCUCCAUCACCGGCGGGAGAGGAAGGGGAAGAAAGGAGCUCUGAGGAACGAAGUGGGGGCAAUUCGGCCUCACCGCGCGGUGACAGCUGUGAGAUCGCUGCAAUCGCAGGGACGGGAAGUGGAGGCUGCUCCAAACGCCCUUAGCAGUUUCUGGAAAUGGGCGGUAGAGAAUGGCGCCACCGCUCAGGCGGUGAAGCUCGCCGCCGUUCCGGAGGGCCUGGGGCUGGUAGCUCAGAGGGAUCUCUCCCGGAACGAGGUGGUGGUGGAGGUCCCCAAACGGCUCUGGAUCAGCCCGGAGACUGUGGUUGCUGAUCCCGAGUUGGGUCGACUCUGCUCCGGUCUCAGACCGUGGGUAUCGGUGGCGCUGUUCCUCCUCAGGGAGAAGGCCCGGGGCGUGGAAUCUUCCUGGAAGCCGUACCUGGACAUCCUCCCGCCGUCUACGAACUCCCCCUUGUUCUGGUUCGUCAGUCUCUCCGGCCAUUACAUCUCUGUGCUUAUCGGUCCCAUUUUCUUGAAAGACGGUGUGUGUCUGUGUGUCCUAGUUCGAAUUCGAAUUCAUGCUCUGAUUUUGAGAUGGCCCAAGGUUACUACCGAUAGGCAGGCGCUUUCUUUGUUAGAUGGAUUGUAGUUUGGUCUGGGCCACGGUUCUGCCUCUAUUGAACGUCCCUUGGGUUUUCCAUUACAGGUCAGAACAGGAGCUCUCUGAGCUGCAAGGUCAGCCGAAAUUCUAUCCACUCAAGAACUUUCGUUUUGUUUGGUGAUUUUUUUUAUGAAUGCUCCCCCAUCAUGGCUGGCAUUUCCUCCUGUGAGUUAUUUUGCCAUCUUGACCAGGUUGGGGACUUUCUCAGAUGGGUUUCUUCAAAUCUAAUCAAUAUCUUCCUCCCUGAAGUCAUAUCCUCUCCAUUUUUUAAGUUUCAUACUUCUCAUCCUUCUUUUUGGUUCACUCGAAAAUUUCUUUGAGACCUUGUGCGUUUGGGGGUUCUAGAGAUAAGUCCGGAGGGAGUUGAACAGCUGCACCAAUUGAAGUGCUACACUGGAUAGGAUUCUGGUAUAAAUCCAACCCUGGGGGAUUUUGUUGAUCCAAAUUCCUGGAAAUUUCCAGAGAGGUUCCAUAGUUAUUAGUCCAGCUUGCUCUUUGCUCAUUCAAUUAUUUGAGAUUCUGUGCUGGGGAGAGCACAUUACACCUAAUCAGUAGGUUUUUGAACGGCAGAUAGAUUUUUCUGAAGAAAAGGUGCGCACAUCCUAAGAGAAGGUGCAGGUUUGACUUUUUGUGCUCACACAUUCUAUGAGAAACGAGGGAUCCGGUAUCAUGGUACGGUUUUGAGUGUCAUCACGGACUUUGUGAAGCAAUAAGCCCUUUGAUUCUGUUUUUUCCUUAUAACUUACUCUGACUACUGAAGGGCCUGUUCAAUUAUAUGAAGCUAUUUGCUUUAAUGAUUUAUUGUUCAUUUAUGUCGCUAAAAUGUAUUGAGGUGUUUACAUUUUCUUGCCGACAUGAAUUUCUUUUACAGGGACCCAAUUACUGAGUACGGUUUUUGGAGUCAAAGAUUUUUUGAGAAGUGAAUUUCUGAAGGUUGAAGAAGACAUUCUACUACCUUACAAACGUGUUUUUCCCUCACCUAUAACAUUUGAGGACUUUGUUUGGGCUUUUGGGAUACUCAGGUCGCGGACAUUUUCUGGCCUAAGUGGAGAAAAUCUUAUUUUGACCCCGGUAGCUGAUCUUGUGAGUUAUUUAUGGCUUUGCAAUCAUUAAAUCAUUUUUCGGUAUAGAAACGUUGACAAAACAUCGUUAAAAUUUAUUAUCCGCCAUUUAUUCAAGCCCUCCUUUGGGAAACGCAUUGUUUCUCUCCGAUAAUGCUAGAAGAAAUUUCACAUUUUUUAGGCAGCUUUUUUCUAAGUCAAAGCAGGAGGAUAUGACACAUGAUUUCAUCAAUGAUCACGAAGUGGAUAAGUUAAAAUGGCUGAUUUUUCUGAAUUAUGGCGAUCACAUAACGUUCUUAGACUUGGACUAUUAGAAUCUUGUAAAUUGAAAUUGAUGACAUAACAAUGCAAUAUCAUGGGGAGAAGCGUUGGUAUGAUUACAGGCUUCGAGGCUUAGUGUUUUCUCUUAGUAAGGCAAGUUCUACUAUUGUCUGGGUCGUUAAGCUUGCUACUCAACAAUAAGAAUGGAACGAAUUAAGGUUCUUACAUGUAUAUAGGUGGUCUACUGACAGGCUGCAGAAUACGAUUGGCUUCCUAGUUCGGGAUGGGCUUUCACGUAUGUAGGAUAUAUAAAAAUAAAAAUAAGAAAACGGUAAACAAUUAGAAGUGAAUACAAACAGAAAAUAGAAUCAGUGCAGCUUCUAUUGUUUACCGAUUAUGAUAGAUAUUCAAUAUGAAAUCUAUGAAAUUUAGUACCGUAUUUAUUGUUUACCAAAAAAGAAUAGAGCUGAACACCAUGCAUCUGUGAAUAAAAAAGUACGUGCAAGAUCAAUUAUGAGUGAUGAUUACAAGAAGCCUUGCACCAUUGUUCUGGGCCCUGAGGGACCAAAGGCUGUCCACAUGGCUGCUUUGUUUUCUCUACAUAACGAUAUUAGCGCUUUUUUCACCAUGGAUAUGAUCUACAUCUAUUAUACACCUAUCUUCCUACCUUUUCCGCAUAAUUGGCCAAACCAGACAUUUUUUUUAUACUUCAGAGGAAGGAUGUGCUUUUUCCCUUUCAUUUAAGUCCUGAUGUUCCAAUUUUUGAUCUGAAUACGAAUUUAGCUGUACCUGCAAAUCGUGGGUCGAUUGACCCUCAUCAAAACUCAGCACAAAUUAGUUUCAUGGGUAUUAAAUAUUAAAUCGUAAUUAGUGUUACCUGCUUCAGAUGAAUCGUUCUUUUUACAGAAUAAUUGAGCCUGCUAGAGAUCUAUUAAAAGUUUCAUUUAUUUUCAUACUGACCAUAACUGACUUCUCUUUUAUUUUUUCUUCCUAACGUUCUCUGGUUUUCCUUCAAAGGUAAACCAUAGUCCGAAAAUCACCUCAAAAGACUCCGCGUGGGAAAUCAAAGGAAAGGGCCUUUUCUCACGGGAGGAAAUAUUCUCAUUGAGGACAACAGUUCCUGUCAAAGCAGGUGAACAGGUGAAAUAUUUUUCUAUUUAAUUUCUGUCCUGACUUUCUUUUCAUGACUUUUUCGCUUAAUGGUAUAAAUGGAUAAUGCUUAAAAGUCUGGAGGGUGAAUCAUUGGUUAUAGAACCUUGUUUUAUUUAAAAAGUAUCUUUCAAUGCAGGGUAAAAAGUAUACUUGACUUCGCCAGAAAAUUCUGGUUUAAUCCUUCUGAGUUUGAAUUAGGAGACGUAAACUUGUAAAUAAACUGUCAGCUGUUCUCGAAUUAUGCUUUUUUGUUAUGCAACGUACUGGAAACUUUAUAUACUUAGUCCAUCAUGCCACCAUUAUCAUAGAACUUUUUCCAUUGAUUUGGCCCGGAAAGAACUCAAUUAUUUGUCGACUUUUCCAACCAGUUCACAUUCUUACCAUUAUAAUCAGUUAAUAUAACUUAAGUUGUAAGAGAGAUUGUCAAACGCCCAUGAGACCCGUUAGCUGGUGGAGAACUACAUUCUGUGCUGAUUAAUCUGGUGAAAGGUCCUCAGGGGUAUCAUAGACUUUGCACAGAUUCUGAAGACGAAGGAAGAAAAGUUGGAGAGCUCACCUUCUAUGAUAUGUAUCAUAGAUUUUAGUAGUGUCCCAACAUUUCCGUACGUUUGUUGACUCUUCAUAAGAGUCAUCAGUUGCAGGUAUUCAAUGGUGAAACAAGCUGAGCUCACCUAGAUAUUAACUGACUGAACAUAGUGUAAAACCAAGUGAACUCUUCUCUGCUUGAAUGAUAUUUCAGCUUGUACCCAAGAGAUUAGCUUGAUAUUUGAUACUCCCGCCAUAGAUUUGCGCUUAUUCCUUUAUUUUGAUAUUCUCUGAAUACCCUUUUUUAAGAUUGUCGAGAGUGGUAUAAAUUGUAGAUUUCACUUUUGAUUGUUGCCGCUGUCACUCUUCCUUUUUCUCCUCCUUUUUUUUAAAAAAAAAGUUUUGGAGCUGCAAUGCUGCUUUUUCUUGUUUCUUCAAUUCUGGUUGCUCUGGAUGUUUUGUUAUGAUCUCAUUCUCCUAUAUCCACCUGAAGUUGCUCUUGAUGUCCGUCGAUCAAGAUAUCUGUUUAUUUAUGAAUCAAAUGAUCUAGUUAUGUUAUGGGCGCGUUGGUUUUUUAGUUAUUCGAAUUCAAUCCCUAUUCUUUCUAGUAUGAUAUUCAUAUUUCAUGCUUCUUUGCUGAAUUAGUGGGAUUUACAAUGAUAGUAGGUCUGCAUGUCACAACCAAAUAUAUAUAGGAAGAAAAUCCGCACUUAGACCUCAGAAUUAAGAACUGGAGAUAACACAGUACGUAUUCUGAAUUACACAAUUUUCAGUGCAGGUUUAUAUACAGUAUGACCUUGGAAAAAGCAACGCUGAACUAGCACUUGAUUACGGGUUUAUUGAGAAGACAUUGGAUCGAGAUUCAUACACUUUGACCCUUGAGAUCCCCGAAUCAGAAGCGUUUCUUGAUGAUAAGCUUGAUAUUGCUGAAUCUAAUGGCUUGGGGGAGACUGCGUAUUUCGAUAUUUACCUAAAUCAAGCUCUUCCUCCCUUGAUGCUCCCUUAUCUUCGUUUAAUAGCUCUCGAAGGAUCCGAUUCAUUUCUUUUAGAAGCCCUAUUCAGAAACUCUGUGUGGGGUCACCUCGAGUUACCUGUCAGCUAUCAGAACGAGGAGUUGAUCUGCCGUGUGAUAAGAGAUGCUUGCAGGUCUGCAAUGUCUGCCUAUCAAACUACCAUUGAAGAAGUAAGUUUUUUUGGUUCUUAUUCUCGAUAUUAUCUUUAUUCCAUUUAUAUGCUAUAAGAUAAACAAGUUCGGUAUUAUAAAUGGCAAACGAGCUCAAAAUUCAAUAAAAUGUUAAGUUUACAUGUUGACUCAUCUAAUGAGUUGAAUUUCUCCGCUGUUUUAAAUUAAAUUCAUUCAAUUUAUUUUCAUUUGUAGAUGGUAGGGUGAUGGAAAUCUAACUUCAGAUAAUCAAAACGAAGUUAUGAAUAGUCACUUUUUCCCACAUGUUCCCUCUCCAAUAUAUAUCAUAUUUCCGUCAUAUUACCACUGCUGCUGUGCUUACCGAGACAGCAAUCGUAGAGAGAGAAGCUGCUGUUGCUAGAUGCAAUGAGAGAGAGAUGAAGGAACAUAUAGCGACAGUAGUUUGUUCCUGCCGUCCUGUUGUAUAGCACAGAGGGAGAAGGAGAAUUCCCGCCAUUGCCUAAAAUAGCAAUUGGGUAGGCCAUGAAAUCAUCAUCAUCAUCCCCCAAAUCGCAAGAACCUAUUGUUCUAUUUACAUGUAUACAGUCUGAUAUGUUCAGUGUAAUCUUUCUUCACCGUUUAGCAAUUGAAAGGUGUUUAAAGCUCUGUCAUAAGAAACUAGGUAAAAAAAAACGCGCAAUCAAUGCUUUGAAAUAGAAUUCAUCAAUUUUAAUUUGCAAUGAUUAAUUAAAUAGUGCAGGGGAAUCAACCAAGGUAAAGAAAGUGAAGCUGUUGAAGGCUUUUACCAGAUGGCAGGCUUCUGGAGAUUUCUCAGAAAGAAGUAAACUUAGUCUACACUCAUUCCUAAUGGAGUGGUAGGGGUCAGUAGUGGUAGUAGUGCACCGGAUUUCAAUUUUUGGGCUUUUUUAAUGCGCAAGCUCAUUUGAACUAUUUCAAUAUGGUUUUAUAUUGUCAAAUGCUGCACAAAUUUGGUAUAUACGUGCAUAAAUUUUUCCCUUGUGAGAUGUUAGAUCUCUCAAUCAACUACUACUUCCAUGAAGUAAUAGACCGUAUAAGAAUUUUAUCCUCUUCUUAUUUUAAUUCUAGUCAAUCUAUCCAUGGAGUUCAUGCCAACCAAAUUGAUUCCCACAAGCAUAAGACUUGAGGCACCAAUGUUUCGUGGAUCAUAAAUUAAGGUCACAGAAGUUGCAUCGAAAUUAUCAUUUCAAUCUCAUGCCGGCACACAAAUAAUAAACUAAAAAUAGAUUUCAUGGGAUCAUGGUUUCACCUGUACCCUCUAAAAAUAGACCUUGGAAGUCCAAAAAUUGUUCUAGUACUCUGAGAUCUUCCAAUGUAAUCAAGUGAUCCUAACUUGUUGGAAGCCUCCGUUCCAACAUACUCUUAAACUGUGAUGAUAAGUGAUCAAAGAGUCAAUCUCUUUCAAAAAGAAAUCAAUGCCAUCUUUCCGGGAUAAAAUGAUGCACAAAAAUCGUUUAAAAAGAGUAGUAUUUAUUGUGAUUCUGUGCAACAACUUUGCAUCUUCUUGUUGAGCUCACCACUCCUCUUCUCAGGAUGAAGCCAUUAGAGAAGCUGGAAGCUUGGACCAGAGGCUUGAAAUAGCAGUCUGGAUUCGCGAGGGGGAAAAGAAGGUGCUGAAGCAGAUCGACAUGAUUUUCGAAGAGAGGGAGCAGGAAUUGGGUGGCCUGGAAUAUUACCAAGAGAGGAGGCUCAAGGACUUAGGGUUGGUGGGCGAGGAGGGUGAAAUCAUCUUCUGGGAGUCGAAGUAA